AUGAGACUAGCAGCAGUGACCAUCAAAGCUAUCAAAAGGAACUUUCGCUAUUAUUGUCACCAUCAACGCAGGAUGGACGAAAAUCAGACCAAACUCAAGAGAGCACCCGAUUCCCCUUCGUCAACUGCGGCAAUCAGCUCUACUGAAAACCACGUAUCAAAACGACCUUGCCGCCAGGAAGAAAUGACCGAUAAACUAACUACGAAAACCGAUUCAAUCCCCCCAAUCGAUAAAAAGCAGGAAACUCUGAAGACUGAGGUCGAUCCAGAGAAUCAGCCGAAGAACGAUGACCAAUCAAAGCAGCAGAAACCGAAAAACCAAGCCAAGAAACCUCCGAAGGCUAAGAGGGGCAAGAAAAAUCACAAAGCAGAUCAAAACCCACUGACGAUAUCCGAACAGUCACUAGAAUUCUCGAUUAAAGAUUUGAUGGGUGCGGAGACUUAUGAAAGUCUGCUCGCCAACCAAAACAGUAGUAAUAAGAAUACCCAACCGGCUUGGAAAGAUUGUGGCUGGGAAGUGGAAAAAGGGAAAGAGAUCGAGGUGGAGAUCUCAGUCUUGAGUAGCUUCGGAGAUGGAAUCGCGAUUUCACCCCAAAAGAACUGGGCUCUUGUCAUACCAUUCUGUGUCCCAGGUGAUGUAGUAAGAUCCAGAAUCUUUCGACAUAAUUCUACUCACUCGGUUGGUGAUCUGAUCAGUGUUAUGACACCCGGAGAAUCAAGAAAUGAUGCCUUGAUCAGAUGUAAAUACUUUGGAAAGUGUUCUGGUUGCCAGUAUCAAAUGAUCGAUUAUCAGAAACAGCUGGAUCUUAAACGAAUCGCGGUCCAGAAAGCUUUCGAACACUUUUCGGGUCUCGAUCCAUCCUCAAUCCCCAUGGUAGAACUGACUCUACAAUCGCCCAAAGAAUACGAAUACCGUACCAAGUUGACGCCUCACUUCGAACUACCACGUCAAUUGAAGAACCAGAAGGCUGCCCCAGUACAAGAAGAAGAGUCUGCUCAAGAUUAUCAUUCCGGUCCUGGUGGACUGGCCAUCGGAUUGGCUGAAAAAGGCCGUCGACGGGUGAUUGACAUCGAGGAAUGUCCCUUGGGAACCAAAACGAUCAACGAGAAAUUAACCACCGAACGAGCCCGAGUACAGUCUACCAUUCAUAAUUUCAAAAGGGGAGCAACAUUACUCCUCCGGGAAUCGUUAAUUCCAUUAGAUCCGACUGCCCCAUCAGGCUCGCCGGUAGAUGACGAGAGUCGAAUCUGUGUGACCGAUCAUAAAACAAUUGUCCGGGAAAAAGUCCUCGACAAGAAUUUCGAGCAAAAUGCGGGCUCGUUUUUCCAAAAUAAUCCAUCGAUCUUAGGCCCCUUCAUGAGUUAUAUGAUUGAGGAAUUGAUACCGAAGAAAGAAACGAAAGAUGAUCCUGAGCAGGAUCGAUAUCUGGUGGAUGCGUAUUGCGGUUCGGGCUUGUUUUCGAUCUCCUUGGCUCAAUACUUCACUAAGACUACCGGGAUCGAACUAUCUUCUGACUCUCUACGGUACGCCAAACGCAACGCCGAGCUAAACAAGAUUACCAAUACUAGUUUUAUCGUUGGAGAGGCGGAGGCCAUAUUCAAAGAUUUAACUUUCCCAUCGGAGAAGACGACGAUCAUCAUUGAUCCACCACGGAAGGGUUGUAGUAAAGAGUUCUUGGACCAACUGCUGAGCUUUCGACCCAAGCGGAUCAUUUACAUCAGCUGUAAUGUCAAUACUCAAGCCCAGGAUAUCAAGUAUAUUAAAGAUCUGUACAAGCUCGGGCGUCUCCGGGGGCUUGAUUUCUUUCCUCAGACUUAUCACUGUGAAUCAGUCGCACUGCUGGAUUUGAUUGAAUAA